GUGACCUAAAGCCGGAAGUUUUCACGUAAACACUAGGUAGCCUAAAAAAAAAAAAUAGCAAGCUCUGUGCUUCUGUUCCUUUUUAUCCUGCUUUUCUUUUAAUCAACAAGAACACAUUAAGCCAUGUCUUCAAGCAACGUAAAAGACUCUAGCUUCUUGGGAGGUAGAAUACCACCGGAAAUAGAGUCAAUGUCGAAAAACCUGAAGGAUGUGGAUCAAGAGUUGUUUAGAAAACUCCUCAAAGUUGUGGUCAGUGCUCUGGAGGGCAAAGACUGCAGGGAGGUGAUGAAGUCAAUUGCUGAAAGCAGCGUCAUCCCACAAGAGAGGCUCAGUCACAUCAUCGCGGGGAUGCACAGAGUUCUCUCAGAGGCCAUCCGCAUCCCAGCAUCCCUACUGAAACAGGAGGCCUUUAAGGAAGAUCUGCGAGAGCUUAGGAUACCAGAAGACUUCAUCACAGAUUUCUCCAGUGUGGUUUUUGGAAAUCGACGUGCGACUCUGGAAGCGGCUUCCUCUCAGAAUGACCCUCACCUGCCCACGCUGGAGGAAUUCAAAUGGAGAGUGGACGUUUCCAUUUCUACAAGCUCAUUGGCCAGAGCCCUGCAGCCGUCCGUUCUGAUGCAGCUGAAGCUGUCGGAUGGGAGCUUCCAGCGCUUUGAGGUGCCCGUGUCAAAAUUCCAGGAGCUGCGUUACAACGUCGCUUUGAUUCUUAAAGAAAUGAACGACUUGGAAAAAAGGAGCAUCCUGAAGAUCCAGGACUGACAAGAGUUUCACCAAUGUAAUCAGAAACUCUUUAAACAAGAACCUGGAAGUCUGAACACAGUGUAGGAAGUAAAACAAAAAAAAGCUUUCUGCUCUGAUUGUGUUGGCAUCCAACACACCACAGCUUUUUUAUUAUUAUUAUUAUUAUUAUUAUUAUUAUUAUUAUUAUUAUUAUUAUUUUUGAAAGAACGACCAAUAUUUGAAAUGAUACUGUAUGUUUUCUUUUUUUCUUGUUUUUUUCUAAACAUUAACCACAAAUAUACAUGAACACUGUUGGUGGUUAGAGACAGCUCUUGUGUUGUGCCAAAACCCAAGUCAAGAAACUCACCUUGUUGAUUAAAAUAUGAUAAUAUGCAAGUUG